CGUGUGCAGAUGUGUCACUUUGUUUUAGCGUCUGUGACAUUUAAAACGUGUCUUCUAAGAACAGUAGCCGCGUGUGCAGAUGUGUCACUUUGUUUUAGCGUCUGUGAAAUUGAAAACGUGUCUUCAUGAUCGAAAACAAGGAACCCAAAAAAUUGAAGAAUAUUAAAUCGGAGGGCUGAGGAAAUCUCCAAGAUUAACUGAAAAGUGAAGCGAAGUAAUACUCAAAUACGUCAGAAAAUUACAAGUUUUGUUGAUCAUAACAAAAUUCAUCAAUUGUGACCCAUCGCUGUUCAGUGUGAAAUACUCGGAAAAAAGAAGCCUCGAUUCAUUUACAAUUUGUGACAUAAUCAUGUCGGUGGAAACUGUGAAAUUAGCAAGUGGAAACGAAUGGUUAUCUUGUCGAGAUGUACUAUGGUACCUUAGCUUCUGUGGGUUUGCUAUUGACUACAUACUAAGAAUCAACUUGAGUCUGACCAUUGUAGCUAUGGUCGCGCCCCGGUCCGAAUUCGUAGCGAUUGCACAAUGCACACAAGACAUAUCGGCAACAAUAAACUCAAGUCUUUCCAAACUGUUGGUAAACUCAUCAUCCCCUACAAGUGUUGAAGAGAAUACCAUUAUUCCAUCAUUGGGUCUUGCAGAAAGCCAGAAAUACGGUUCAUCAAUAAAUGAUACUGAGUACCCCGAUCGAUUUUCCUGGAAUGAGUAUGAACAAGGCCUCGCUCUGGGAGGAUAUUAUUGGUUGCACUGGGCCAUGCAACUUCCUGGUGGCAUCUUAGCACGUCGUUAUGGAACGAAGCUUGUCUUUGGCUUAGCUAAUUUCAUUCCCGCUUUGUUGGGCUUCUUUAUACCACUUUUCGCCCGAUAUCAUCUAUAUGCCUUUGUGCUUAUAAGAGUUCUCCAAGGAGCGCUUGCAGGUGCAGCUUGGCCCGCCAUGCACAACAUGACAGCUAAAUGGAUUCCUUCUAGCGAGAGAAGCAAGUUCGUCAGCUCUUAUCUUGGGAGUUCUGUCGGGGCAGCGAUUACCUAUCCAAUCAGUGCAAUGCUUAUCAGCUGGCUUCGAUGGGAAUCAGUUUUCUACGUGACAUCUGUACUCGGCGUUGUAUGGUACGUUGUCUGGUACUAUCUUGCCUAUGAUAGACCACAAGAGCAUCCCCGAAUAUCAGAAGCCGAAAAAGCUUACAUCUUGGAGAGCUUAGGAGAGUCUGUGAGUCACGACGAUUCUCAAACAGUACCGUGGAGGGCCAUUCUGACUUCAUGGCCUCUCUGGCUAAUAGCCAUAGCCGAAUGCGGUAAUGCUUGGGGUGUUUUUACUCUCAAUUCAGAAGCGCCAUCUUACUUGAACUAUAUCCAUGGAUGGAAUAUUAACGCGGCUGGCAUGCUUUCAGCUGCCCCUCACAUGAUGCGCAUGGUAUUCGCCUACAUGUUUUCCAGUUUUGCGGACUGGCUGCUCCGAACGAGGAAAAUGUCAAUAACAAGAGUGAGGAAGUUUGCAAUUCUAGUAUGUAACGGCGUUCAAAGUAUAAUGCUCUUGGGUCUGGCCUUUAGUGGCUGUCAUCCGAUCUUAGCAGCAGCAUUUAUGAUCGCUGGGAUGACGGCUGCCGGUGCAAAUUCCGCUGGAACGCUCGCAUGCACUGUCGACUUGAGUCCAAAUCACGCAAGCGUGCUUCUCGGUAUUGUAAACACCGUUGCCACAAGCUCUGGAUUCAUCUCUCCUAUGAUAGUCGGGAUUCUGACCAAUGAUAAUCAAACGAUCAAUCAAUGGCGUGUGGUAUUCCUCAUUACGGUUGCAAUAAUGUUUUCGACUGGUGCGUUGUACAUAUUAUUUGGGGUUGCUGAAUUACAACCUUGGAACAACAUCCCUAAUGAAGAAGUGGGCGAGGAGCUGCACAGACUUCGCAGAUCAAAUGUGGGUAAAAUCGAAUAUGGAGAAGCUACCAGUGUUAUUUCAGAGCAGAAAAAUGGUACUUUAUUACCCACAAAUAAUGUGUGAAAUUUACGUCUUGACGUGAAGACAUUCAGAUCACCGAGAUUAUCAAAAUUAACAGUUGAUCCUGCUUUUAAAUUCGCUUUCGAUGGUCCCAUGUUACGUCCCAGCCGAUAAUUAUGGUAGUAUUUUGUCUAUAGUGUAACUUACUGACCUGGAAUUACCAUAAGAGAACUUCGCAUGCUCGUACCAUAGCUCCAACAUAAGAUCCAUAUCGAUCUAUGUACAUAGUUAGCAUCACUCAUACUCAGUGUGUAAUGUUUUUGCACUGGAAAUCUGCAUACAGCAUUCCAUCCGUCAUUGCGUAAUGAAAGCAAGCUUACAUUGUGUAAUGCUCUGCAGUAUAUAUAAUUUUCAUACUUAACUUUACAUCUUUGAUUUUAACCCGCACACAUACUGCAUGGUCUACAGUCAAAAUUUGCAAAACUCAGGUUCAUAAACUUCGCAGACUAAACGCGAGGAACGUGGGAAAAAAAAGGACGAUCAGAUCACAAAGUCUCAUUCUUAGAACUCAAAAAAUCAUUCUUGCAACUGAGUAUCUUGUCAGCACUGUGCCAGUGGCCUCUUCAAGACUAAUUGGCUUGCACUAACACAGCCAAAGACCAAUGAGGAGUCUUUCCAAAAUUCCCACUAUUGGAGGUAUUUUUUAAAUCAGACUGAUUCAACGCACAUAACCAAUUUAGACACCAGACGAAACAGAACUUAGUUAAGUUUAAAACCAGUUUGGACUACAGAGAAUUCAAAACACAUGGAAAUUCCGAUUAGUGCAGAUCACUCCAAAUUAUAAAACGCUGAUAUUCAAAAACUUCAAACGUAAGUAUAAGUACCGUGAUUCCAUUAGUGAAUCAUAUAAGUGUAUAAAACCAUUGUAAAACCGAACCUUAAGAAUCGAUACGAAGAACUUCUUAUUGUUAAUAAAUACGUAUUUCAAUUAAA